UGAUUUCAUGUCCACCACAAACUUUCAAUCUACUUCCAAAAGACAGACGGUUCCCAUCAAGGUUCUUACCAUCGUAGGAAAUAAGCUGUGUUGAUUUUCCUUUCUAUAAAUAUGAACUCAUCAUGUUGAUUUUCCAAAAAGUACCAAGAGUUUCUAUAGAUUUCAGCCCUUGUGUUUGUUCAAUUCCUCUCAAUUAUAGGCGGCAUAAAUGGCUGACAAAACCUUCCACAUAGUAAUGUAUCCAUGGUUUGCCAUGGGACAUCUCACAGCAUUUGUUCAUAUCUCCAACAAACUUGCAGAGAGAGGGCAUAUAAUCUCCUUCUUCAUCCCCACCAAAACACAAUCCAAGUUACAACACUUCAAUCUCCACCCUGACCUCAUCACGUUCAUUCCGGUCACUGUCCCUGCCGUCGACGGCCUCCCUCUAGGAGCCGAAACUACUGCUGAUGUUCCUUAUCCUCUCCAAUCUUUCCUCAUGACGGCCAUGGAUCUAACCCAACUCAACUUUGAAGCUUCUCUUGUAAAACUGAAACCCCAUUUCGUGUUCUUCGAUCUUACUCACUGGAUUCCACCAUUGACCCGUCGUUUGAGGAUUAAAUGUGUCCAUUUACUUACGGUCAGCCCUGCAACAGUGGGUUAUCUGUUAAGCCCGGCAAGAGAAUUCACCGGAAAGCAGUUAACAGAAGCUGAUUUUAUGGAACCUCCGGCGGGUUUUCCUCCAUCAUCCAUAAAGCUCCAUAAACAUGAAGCUCGAGGAAUUACAGGUUUUAUCCUGAAAGAGUAUGGUAAGGGUAUAUCAUUCAGAGAAAGAUUCAUGAUUGGUUCUACUAAUGCUGAUGCGAUUGGUUUCAAAACUUGCAAAGAAAUGGAAGGGCCUUACUGUGAUUAUCUUGAAAACCAGUUCAACAAACCGGUCAUUCUCGCCGGUCCUGCAUUACCGGAACCUCCCAUUUCAACUCUAGAAGAAAGAUGGGCAAAAUGGAUGGAACAGUUCAAAUCCAAAACUGUGAUUUUUUGUGCAUUUGGAAGCGAAUGUGUGCUUCAGAAAGAACAGUUUCAAGAACUGGUUCUGGGUUUUGAGCUCAUUGGCCUUCCGUUCUUCGCUGCCCUGAAACCACCUAUUGGAAUCGAGACGGUCGAAUCGGCGUUGCCAAAGGGGUUUCAAGAGAGAGUACAGGGUAGAGGUGUUGUUCAUGGGGGGUGGGUUCAGCAACAACUGCUUUUGGGACACCCAUCUGUGGGGUGUUUUGUGACUCAUUGUGGUUCAGGGUCAUUAACAGAAGGAAUGGUGAAUGAGUGCCAAUUGGUGCUAGUUCCACAUGUGGGUGAUCAAAUCAUUAAUGCAAGGGUGAUGGGUGGAUAUUUGAAAGUUGGAGUUGAGGUUGAGAGAGGAGAAGAAGAUGGGUUGUUCACAAAGGACAGUGUUUGUAAGGCAAUAAGGUCAGUAAUGGAGGUUGACAGUGAGGUGGGGAAGGAGGUGAAGGCCAACCAUGCUAAAUGGAGAGAGUUUUUGCUAAGUGAGGGGCUUGAGAGCUCAUACAUUGAUGGGUUUGUUCAGAAGCUUGGCGGCCUGUUAGAAUAGGGAAAUACUGCAGUAUAAACCUUAUUUUCAUAAGUGUAUUAAAUUUAGGAAUUUUUGUACUUUGCACCCUGAAAGAUAUCUCGAUUACCAUUUUAUACUUUGAAAAAUUAUUAUUUUUAUAUUAUACCGUGAAUAUCAUAAAUUGGUUCAAAUGUGACCCUUAGACUAAUAUCCGUUUCAGAUUCUAUUAAAAAUUAAUGAGCAUGCCACAUAAUGACAUGAAUGGUGAGUUUACAUUUUUUCUUAACACCAACAUACAUGGAUGAUAAGUGCAUUAAUUUUUAAUAGAAUCUGAAACCAAUAUUAAUCUGGGAGUCAUAUUGGAACCAAUUUAUAACAUUCAGGGUUCAAUGUGGCGAAAAUAAUAUUUCAGAGUACAAAGUAGGAAUCAUGACAUCUUUUAGGGUGUAAAGUUCGAA